AUGCUUCGCCAGAUCGGGCGAUGUGGAGGGAAGGGCGUUGCAGCGGCUGAUUUGGCCGUAAACCAGUUUGCUGCAUGUGCAGGGGUGCAGACCUGCAGGGUGUUCUGCGCCCAAACCUCCACAAGGCAGGCCCUGCUGGACCCACUGGUGACAUCCUCCCCACUGCGGCGCGCCGCGCUGCGGCUCUUCGGCUACUACAGCCGCGAAAGCCGCCACAUGCGCGCCGGCCAGGCUCUCCUGGAGGCGAUACAGGAGCAGGCGGACGCGCCAAGCUUCUCACGGGCCUUGCAGGUGCCAGGCAGCUUCCAGCACCAACACGCAGUCUUAGUCUUGCAUGUCUGGCUGGUGCUGCAGCGGCUGCGGUCAGAAGGAAAGGACGGCAAGCACCUGGGGCAGGCCAUGUACGACGGCUUUCAGGAUGACGUGGAGAAGAGAGCGAGGGCCACCGGGGCCAAGGUGCGCUUUAGUAAGUUUCUGAAGGAGUAUGAGGAGCAGUUUUACGGAUCAAGCCGAUCCUAUGACCGUGCAAUGGAGGGACAGACCGACCUCGCAGCCGCCUUGGCGAGGAACGUGUACAUGAUGGACCCAGAGAAGCAGGAGGCUGCCAAUCUGAUGGCAAGAUACGUUCGACGGUCCAAGGGCAAGCAAACCAGUGAUAAUCGGAUAGCCAUCCUCUUGGGAGCCGUAGCCGUCGCUCUGGGGGCAUGGGCGUGGCGGAGCUACAGGACCAGGGAUGGCCCUGGUGAUGACAAGGCACCUGGUGCCAGUCCCUUCAAGUUCCCCAAGUCCGCCAAGGCAAGUGCCCAGAGCAGCGGCAACAACAAGAAGAACAAGGCCAGGAAGAGGGAGGAGCGGGAGCGCAGGGCAGAGAAGCGGGAACAGAGGCCGGCCGCCGCGGCGACAGCCAAGGGCCCGGACGGCAGCGCCCAGCCUGCCGGUGCCCCAGGAUCAGGCACCUCCGUCAUGAACUACACCUACUUUGACAGCGCGCGGAGGGACACGGUGCUUAGCGCGGCGCCGCGCAGGGCGGCGCUCACCGCCGCCGACGUGGCUGCCCUGGACGAGAAGCGGGGAGAAGCCGGUUCCAAGCCCCGAUGA